UUUUUUGGGUCUAGUCCACCAGAUGGCAUGGAGAAGUUCUAUUGUUUAUUCAUAGCUCUAUGAAAAAACAGUAUUUCCUCCCCAAGACAGAGAAGAUGAUAUAGAUUUUAAAUUCUUCUUUUUAUAUUUUAAAUCAAACAUGUUGCCUCAAAUAAUUAUUUCACCAAGAACUAAUAAGGGAAAGAUAUGUAUGUAUAAUUGCCAAAGAACAAGUCAUACAAGUGGACAACAAGAAACUUCUCAUGUAUCCCAUUUUAUUAUGCUUUACCAGGAGUAGGUUCAUUCAUUUGUUUAUACUACAGUAUGCUUAAUUUGUUGGCAAUCAUACAUGAUUUUAUUGAUUUGGUCUGAUAGAAUCAAUGAACAAAUUUCACUCAUCCAUUCAAAGUUACUGCCAAUUCCAUCCCAUGACCUAUCACAAAGGUGAAGGGUUAAAAUGUUAAAGAGCAUAUUAGUGUGAAUAGUAAACAGUAAAAUCAGUAAGUAAUUAGACUUAAACAUUACCUUUAUCUCUAUGAAUGCAGAUGAAGACUGCCUCUUCAGAUGUCAAGCUGCCAAGUCUGACCGGAUCCAAUCUCUCUGCAUUAGUUGUGUAUUAUGUAUUAUGAUUAAUAAUGUUGCAGUACUAUUAGACUAAUUAAUUUUCCAGAUAUUUAAUUUUGGUAGCACGUGCUGAUGUUCUUGUACAAGUACAGCUGCUCAACCCCUAACCAAACCAAAGGUGCAAUAUGUACCUCACUCUAUAUAUAGCUCAUUCACAAAGAAACCCAGAACACCACAAUACCAAAUAGCUGAAGCUAGAGGCAACCUGUGAACACUCCAAGUUACAUUGAGAUCAUGGGGCCUAAGAAACUUAGUGCGACUACAUCUGUGGUUGCAAUUGUUAUAGCUUUAGCAGCUGUGCUACAAACCGCAGAAGCUGAAACGCACAAAGUGAGUUGGAAUAAUACAGUUGGUGCCAACUACUAUACUUCUUGGGCUGCCAAUCAGACCUUCAAAGUUGGCGACCUUCUAGUGUUCAAUUUCACUACUGGACGACACGACGUAGCUGAAGUUGCAAAGGAUGCUUACGAAAAGUGCAACGUCACUGACCUCAUCAGCAACCCUAAGUACGACGGACCAGCCAACUACACCCUCAAUGCCACCGGCGAUCACUACUUUAUCUGCCUCUUCCCUGGACACUGUGACCAAGGACAGAAGUUAGCAAUCACCGUAACAACUAGCCAUUCCGGCUCUGCGCCUUCGCCUGCUCCUGCCUCAAGUAGUACUGGUACUCCUCCUUCCAAGUCCGAAUCUCCUCCUCCUUCUGGAGCUAAAUCUCCUCCUAGUUCAACAUCGCCACCACCAAGCACGUCAAGCACUACAGCACCACCACCACCAAAGGGCUCGACAGGCAGCUCUUCUCAUGUUGUUACCAUUUCUACUGUUUUCAUGUCCAUUGCCGUAGCUCUUUUCUGCCUCUUCUAGUCUGUAUAUUAACUUGAUAUAUUAAUUGUUCCCCCUUGUAUGCAUUUCUUUGGUUCAGCACAUGAAUUAUUUUGGAACGAGAGUUUGAUCAAUAGUAAUGAUGCCUUGAUGGAUGCAUUUGGUGAUGCUCAA